UAUAGUAUAGAAAAAUAAGCAGAAAUAAACAAGUACUCAUCGCAAAAAGUACAAAACUACUGCAAAUACAGUGAGUACAUUGACAAGUACUUAAAUAUUGUUCACUAUUCGUCUCAGUCUGUAUUGAUAAAGAAACACCUUAAACUUUUUAUUUUUUUUAUCAACAAUUGUGUCAACUUUGCAACGCUACUCAACAAAAGAUAAUUAUAAACAUAUUCAAUAUUUACUCUUCAUAAACGUGCGACUAUGAAUUUAAAAAUGUUCAAAACAAGUAUUUAAAAUUAGCACCUAACAAUAAACGUGGUUAAUGAUAAAAUGAACGAUUUUGAGAGAGCAGUACCUAAAUUUAAGAAAACAAAGUCAGCAGCUUUUAAAUGGGGUCAGCAAUAUUACACGGCAUUGAGGGAUGCAGUUUUUCCAGUAAAACAUAAUUUUUAUACCACGCCGGAAAUACCGAGAACGUUAAGAGAAAAUAAUAAUUCUAAUAAAGGACAAUUUGUUUGUUUUCAAUGCGGUGAUAGCUUUCAUUUUCAAAGCAGUCUUGACGAUCAUAAUGCACGGUACAGUUGGAUCCUCGGCUACUGGUGUCGCCACUGCACGAAAUUACAGUGUACACAUCAAAAAAAUUCAAAUCCCCAGACGCCCUCUACCGAAACCACGUGUAUCAAUUGUAAAAAUGAAUUGAAAAAAAGAUGCGCGUACUUCAAAGCACGGGGAUUGACCCCAGGCCAAAAUGUUGGUAAAAUUCUUAUUUUCUACAAUCAAUGCCAGUUCUUCGGACAUCUCAAGGAACAUGGGAUCGGAAUGGUUGACAUGUGCGAUAUGAUGUUGAUGCCUAUUCCCAUGACUAUCCAAUCUGACGAGUAUGCACAGUUGGACACUGUCUGCAAGACGUUGUUCGAAUGCAUGUUCAUCAAGAGCAUUCACAUAAUGGACUGGUUGCGCCUAGAAAAUAUUAAUUUUAAAUGGUGGACUGCUAAAGACACUGAUGAUAAUCCCGUUGGAAAAUUAUUGCAGCAGUACGAAGUACAUAUUGUCAAGGCUAACAGAUUGACCAAAACAAUCAAAGACGAAGACUUGAUUGCAAUAAAUAAAUGUACCGAUGAUGAAGAUAUUAACGAUCCUGAUAACGACCAUGAUAAGUCAGUAGAAAUAAUUGAGAUGAGUGACAAUCAUUGUGAUUUAAACGAAAUCGAGUUUGUUGAUUGCGCUUCGCUUGAUGAAACAAUCCAGACAACCGAAGUUGAAACCACGACAUCUACAGCAACUUCUUUGUCUAAUUCACAAAAGAUUACAGGAAUGCCAUCAGUGGGAUCUCAACCACUAAAGUCUAAAGAUUUGUUUAAAAUAAUAAACAAACCCUCAGCGAUGUUAACCAACAUGUCGGAUAUUAAUAAGAACUCAUUUACGCAGUUGGUUAAUCGUAAUAUUAAAAUAUCAACUUCCAAUUCAUUGCAGUCAACUAAUCUGCCUAAAAAUAAUAUUAAUAACAAUAAUAAUAAUGUUAAUAAUAAUAAUAGUAGUAGUAAUAGUAAUAAAGGUCAGCAGAUAAUAAUAAUAAAUCAGAACAAAGACGAUAAAAACAAUGAGGUUAAAACAAACUUGCAAUGUGUUUUAGCCAACUCUAAACAAGAUGGCGGUACAAAAAAAGUUUUUACUCAAACGGCCGAUGGUCGGUUGGUUUUACAACCCGGAGCUAAAGUCAUACUCAAACAAUUAACGAAGCCGAUGAAUUCAUUUAAAAAUGAUGGGGAAACAAAACUAAAUGUACCCAAGUUCAAUAUAGUGAAGAACAAACUGAAAAUAUUACCGGCAAAUUCAAUUUCUAAAACCCUGGUUACUUCGUCGCAUCAAAUAUUGAAAAGUGGAUCAACCUUUACUACUGUCGCGCCCUCAGCUUCGGUUUCGACGGCAGCAGGUUCAGGGGUCGGAGCAGUAACGACCAAACAAACAGUUCUUCAGAUUCGUGAUCAUACGGGAUUGAAAACAAUUUCAGUUGCGCCAGAAAAAUGUGCCAAGUUGAUACCUAUGGAAGCGCUGCAUAAGUCUAAGGAAGUUUUGCAAAAAGAAAUGGAAAAUUUGCAGAAACAAAAUUCAUUUCCUGGACAGAAUCGUAAUAAGUCAUUGAUUAAUUACCGCAUGCAAGCGUCGACUGCUCAAACAAUACAAAUUUCACAAAGUACUCAGAAAUCUGUGCAAACUGCCCCAACAACGGCUCAACGGCUUCAAACUGUUCCAAAAACUAUGCUGACUACUCAGAAACCAAUGACGAGUUUUCUGAAGCCUUUACAAACUUAUCAAAAAUUACAAACUGUUCCAAAACUGGUACAAAAUACUCAGAGCCCUGCGCAAAAUAUAAAAACUUAUCAGAAAUCUCUGCAGACUUAUCAGAAAUCCAAUAAAAAUGUUCAAACUACUGCAGAAAAGUUGCUGAAGCCUAUCGAGUCUCUACUCAAACCCACAGAAGUACAAAAUAGUCAGGACACUUUCAAAAAAAUAAAACUUCCAGAUAAGUCGGACUUCAAUAAACCAGAAGAUGACGUGCCGAUUUUAUUAUCGAUACGCGAUGGCGACACGUGGGUAGACAGCAAUCAGGUACAAAAAGCAGACGGAAAGGGAGCGAAUCUAUUGAAACGAUGCCCGCCGGAAAAGAAACAAACUGUAGUAAGGAAAUAUCGCGAAGCAAUGAUACAAAGUUUUCACCAAUAUCGUAAACGAGUCCUGCCACUGAUUGCUGAUAUCAGAAAAACAAACGAGUACUACGCAAAAACAAAUGUCGAUGUGCACAGCGUGAUAACGGUUAACGAAAUAGCGCUUAGAAAUUUUGAAAAAUUUUUGGACAAUGAUCGCAAUGUAAAGAUGACUGACGACGAUAAAAUAAAUGAAGAGUUUCAUUUCCAUACUGUUAAUUGGGAAAAAAAAAACAGUCAAGCUGAGACUCAAUAUUGCGACCGCUGUCACUUGAAGCUCAGGCCAAAGGAUUAUCUUAUCGGAUUGUCAAAGCCUUCGAAUUGCGAAUCAAAUUACUGUCAGUGUUAUAACUUUAUAUGUCACUUGUGUAACGCACGUCAAGGAACAGCCGCGCGUUACAAUAUUCACAUGAGUUUUCAUAGAAAAGAAUCCCCGUACAUUUGUCCCGAGUGUUUUAAAUCAUUUUCGUCAAUCCAGAAUUUGGAGCUGCACAUUUGGCAGCAAUGUUUUCACAUAAAAACCCAGCAAUCCUGGUCUUGCAAUGUCUGCGAAGUCGAAGGUUUUCUGACAAUCGAACAACUUACGAGUCACUAUUACAAAAUUCACGCAAAGAGCGCCGUUUCUUGUAAUCCUUGUCGUAAAAUAUUUGACUCAUAUAGCGAGUACCGAGUGCACAACAGCGAAGUGCACCAUAGUCUUUCGACAUUCGAAACUACUGAUCGAUUAAUAAAAUGUGAUUUUGGGGAUUGUCUCACUAAACCUGAGUCGUUUUAUUCCCACGUCGCUGCGCACGUUACUGUUGAUCGCAUAACCCAUUACACAUGCCCAUUUUGUACCUUUUCAAUGGGGGAAAUAUCAAUUAAUCGUCAUUUAAUCCAAGACCACGUGUUCAGUGUACACUUGGAACGGCUUAAGGAGGUUAUAACCCACGAUAGUCUUAAGGUAUUUUUAAAAAUGAAUUUAGUCAGUCAAGCAUCAGUAUUUAAACCCAUUGUACCUGCGACCACGGAUAUUAAAAUAGUUAAUGCGUUUCCCAUAACCUCGAAAUGUUUCGAUCAACAAAUAAACCACAAUGCUCAAUUAGUUGACAAUGACGUUACUAUCACUGAUAACAGUAACAAUACUGAUACCAAUGAUUCAGUGAUGCCUAUUAAAAUAGUUGACGUGAGAACGGAGAAAGUUGACGAGCCCGUUAAUGAAAAGCUAGAUGAGGAUGUCACCGAAAUUCCUCAUUCUUCAUUGAAAAUAAUUAACGUCACAUCUAUUUCUGAUAAAUUGUCUGAUUUUAACAACAGUGAGGAUGACAAUAAUGAUAAAGGCAAUGAAAUGAUCAGCAGCUCGAUAGAAAAAUUAUCCAAGCUCGGGGUUUCAUUGAUAGAAAUUAAAAAAAAUGAUAAACAGAAAAAGACCGACGAUGCAGUUAAUGUGAGAAAUAGUAAUGAAGUAUCGAUAAUUAAUAACUACAGUAAACUCCAGAGGCGCUCAUCUCCCCCACCAUUGGUCUUGAUUAAUAACGUUAACCUAUUGGAGCUCGAGAAAGAAACUCAGAGUGAAAAAGAACGGGACAAAAAAAAUUACAAUGAUGACAUAGAAAUUGAAUGCAUUAAAGACAAUAGAAUUGUACCAAAAAACAAUUUAUUUAAUUUCGAUCAAGUUUCGAUACAGAAGAAACCUUACCGACGUGUGCAAUGCCGUCUAGCAAUGAAUGGCCCCAAUUUUAAGAAAGAAAUAAUUCAUUACAAGUGUCAUUUGUGUGAUGAAUUAAUAAAUACCUCCUGGUUUGUCGUUAAUGAUCAUUUUCGAGAGUGUCAUUUUUCUGAUUACAAAAUAGUAAGCGUGACACCUAAAUUGAGACGAUUAACGGAAAUGGAUAUAAUUAAAUAUACUGGGAGAAAACGUAAAUCCGAUUUAAUGAUGACACCGAAAAAACGCAAACGCGGUAAUUUCGGGAAUGGCAAUUUUUACAACACUUGUAAAAAAAUAUCUUUUGACAAAUUCGAAGGAAAUAAUUUGGGAAUUUGCGUUACGCAGGAGUCGCUGCAAGACACGGAAGGCAAUUUUAAGUGUAAAAAAUGUAAUUGUUUGUUUAAAGAUAUUAAUGUACUGAGAGAACAUGUCGCCAGUAAUCAUCGAAUACGGGGACAUUAUUUAGUUUGUCUUGAGUGUGGAGAUAAUUUUAUCGUGGCACCGAGUUUGCAGAUGCACUUGAAAGCUUUUCAUGGUAUUGCUGAUCCUAUUAAAUAUUUAGCGCAAAAUACGGCUUACGCUCCUGACGUUCUUGAUGAAAUUGAAGAACAAGACAAAAUUACUGAGUCCAAUCAAUGCUACGUUUGCUACGCAGUCUUCGAAAGCAAACCGGCUGUCGACAAACAUUUGAGGGUUCACGGGAUGGCUUUUCUUAAUAGAAAACGUAUUGAGGCACGCAAUGCAUUAAAAAGCCCUGAAAAGUAUAAGUCUAAUGAUAAAUCUCCCAGUAACGAAAUUAAUGAUGAUAAGGUCAAAAAGAAAAUAGAAAUUAAGACAGACAAUGAUGAUGAUAAUGCUAAUGUUAGGAUUUUCAGAAAAUUUAUUUAAUUACAAUGAGGAGUAUGUAAGUUUUAUUUUAUGAUUUUCUUUUUUUUAUUGAUAUUAAUUUAUUAUGUAUUGUAUAUAUAUUUUAGUAGCAGUUUAAAUAUUAAUAUUAGGGACUUCUUUUUUUUUUAUUUUGGAAGGAACAAAUAUUUUUAUUGUAUGAUUUGAGGUUAAAAUUUUUGUUUAAUGUUUUUUAAAGGCAAUGUUAAAGCGUAUCUGUAUUUUUUUAACAAAGUUAAUGACUGAAAUGUCAACUGCAUUUAUAUUUUCUCAAUACAAUUAAUGAAAAAUUAAAGCGCAAAUUAAAAUAGCAUACACGCAGAAAAAUUUUUGGUUAAAAUCACCCAAAAAGUCUGAUACUGUGAGGACAUUACCAUGCACAUUGUAAAAUGUACUACUCGAUAGCAUAUAAAUGAAACAAUUUUUACUAACAUCAUAGUAAAAAUUUUGUAAUUGGCUGAAUGUCCUUAUAGUAAUAAACUUUAUAGGUGUUUUACUAGAAAAUUACCUGCGGGUAGUGCACACCUAAGCUGAAGGUAUAGGUGGCAAAUACACAGAUUAGGAUAUUCUAUAAUCCGAUUAGUAAGAUAUCGAGUUUUGGAUAUCUUUGUUUCUAUGCAAAAUGAUUAAAUCCUAUAGGUUAAAUAGAAACACGAAUCUCAAUCCGUUAAUCGGACUAUACCUUCUUAGGUGCUGUGUAUACUUUUUUUCACCUAAAUCAAAUUUUAAUUUUCAUUUUUGUUUGCGGAAAAGUUACCAUAUGCGUAAAUUUAUUCUAUUUGUUUUCGUUUCGAUAAAUUUCGGCUGGCGGGAAAAAUUAAUUAACUAAAUGCAUAUCGAAAAACUGUAGCAUUAGUAAUAUUAUGAAAACAAUGUUUUACUAUUAAUUAACGCUUCAAUUUUUUCUAAAUCUCCGUGUAAAAAAAAUUUGCUCCUGACAGUAAACUUCCAAAAUUGAAACGAUUCUAAACUGAGUUAAACAUUUUUGGAACUAAAAUAACUAGUGUAAAAGUGUGAAAAUUUUUCCACUUGUAUGGACUUUUCUGACGAUUUUUUUUUUUUAAUUUUUUAAGCAAAAUUGAUUUUAAUCGAAAAUUUUGUAAGUUUAAAAUUAGUUCCGAUCAUUCAUUUUUUGGACAAUCUUAGAACAAAUUAAAAAGUAAAAAAAAAACUGACUUUCCCAAAAAGUUCUAGUAUAAGUAAAAAAAUAUUAUCAAAUCAUUUUUAUUUUUUUUUACCUCAUACCUAAAUAAUUCUGGUAAAAGUCGUAAAUGUUUAUAAUUUCUAAUUAAUUCCUUUUUUUAUGUUCUUCAAAACCAAAAAAUUUUCAAAUUAAAUGAUUUUUGUUCAAAAUAAGAAAAACGCAGGAAAAAUCUUUAGUUGAAAAUUGUUCACUUUCCGAUUUUACAGUUUCAAAAAUGUUCAAUUUAAAAUUCAGAAUGGUCUCAAUUUCAGAAGUUCGUCAUAAACAUUUUUGGAAAAAAUUUUUUUUACACGGGUCUGUUGGCAAAAUAUCAAUACGGUUUUAAUAUUUCAGUCAUUGAAUUUUUAUUAAAAGAUACAAGGCAUCGCCUGAGACUACCCUUAAUAAUUUUGAGUCAGAAAAAGAUUGAAAUUUUUUUAAGGAUUUGUUUUAUCAACUGAUUCAUUAAAUAGGUCGUAUUAAUUUGUUGGUUAUAAAUAUUGAAGAGGUAGACUUGGUAUGAAUAUACAUUGUUAUGAAUAUAUUCAUAUGAAUGUCUAAAUAAUCAUUUUUAUGAUUUUCUUGGCAAUAUUGUCAGCUUUUCGAUACAUUAUUCAAAGGCUUUUUUUAAUGUUUUGAAUUUAUACGAAAAUGAUACAAGAAAAAUAUUUUUUUUAUGGCAUUGUAAAUAGAAGCGAUCGUUUUUAAGAAAAAAAUCAACAGGGUUUCUAGUGAAUAGAAAACUUAACCCAUUAUAAUAUUUUAUUUCUGGCUGUAAGAUUAAAAAUACAGCAAAAUUGAAUAAAAGAAAUUUUUUUUAAAUUAGUUCAAUUAUAAUUUAAAAUUUAAAAAGGUAUCAAAAUUUUUCAUUUGGAUUUUUGAUUUGAAUUAAAAUUUUAGCUACACUACUAAAAAUUUUAAUUUCGGUAACUUCUGGGCCAUGUAUCAGAAUCUUUAAGAAUCCGAAUCAGAAUCUUUAAGAAUCCAAAAUUUUUUUAAAAAAGCUUAGAUGCCGUAAGAUGGACAAUGAAGUCGAAUUCGCAACACCGAAAAGCGGGAAAUAUUCAAUAUAUAAAAUAUUGUUUUUUAAACUGUUUCUGAAAAGACCCAGUGCACAUACUGAGUCUCGAAAAAUACAAAGUACACGCAGGGUUAAAUCUGUACUUAUAAAAUAAACAAAAAAUAUUUUCAUUAGUUUUCAUCUCCUUAGAAAAAAUCUCAAGUCUUCAUUGCUACCUCCACUAACGAUUUCUUAAUUUAGGUCGACUAAAAAAUUCAAAUUUUUUUUUUAAACGUAAGUGAUUGUUAUAAAUUUACGAUUCAACUAAUAAAUACUGUGGCGGUUUUCGUCGUUAUUUUUCAAAGAAAAUACAUCCAAUAACUAACAAUGAAAAAAUAGAAAAAAAUGAAUAAAAAAUUUCUAUUGUUCACAUUAAAAAAUUUAAAAUAAUGAAGUAACUUAAUCUUGAAGAUGAAUAGUACUUGAGGUUUUGUUUGUCGUUGAUUGCAUUAACUCACAAUAUUUUUUCCACGUUUUAUCAAUCACUACAUUUUAUAAUUAUAAUCAAUAACUUUUUAUCCCACUAACCAUUAAUUAAAUUAAUAACUGAUUCAAUUAUCUCUGAAUAGUUUUCAUCAAAAACAAUUUUUUAUUUUAUUAAAACAUAUUAUUUAAGUACCAAUCAUAAGGUCACUAUAAAAAAAAAUUGCCAUAAUUUUUUUAUUUAACUCUACUAUAUUUUUUUGUAUGAUGAUUUUUUAUGAAUAAAUUUAUCUUUUUGUAUAAAAUAACAUAAUUCUAUUAAAAUACAUAAGAAAUUUUUUUUACAUAAAUAAAGAUGUCGGUGUAAAAUGAAUUUAAAAAAUUUUUAAUGUCAUUGUUUAUUGAUGAAUUUAAUUAA